AUGAUGGAAAUGAACUUGACGAUUAGCACGAUUAUCCACGAUUACUGCAAUGCUAGCAACACUACCGACAACGAUGGCCCAUGCGAAUGCGGUCAGAAGGUCAACGCCUGCGGAAUAUGUGACCUGUACGACUUCAUCAUUUACGGCGUGCUCGGCAGUCUGAUAGGUCUCUUCGGGAUCGUCGGCAACACGAUUUCGAUCAUUGUCUUGUCACGACCGAAGAUGAAAUCGUCCAUCAAUUACCUAUUGGUUAUGCUGGCUAUUAGCGACAACACGUUAAUUAUCAUAUCGAUACUGAUUUUAGGACUGAUAAAGAUCAACAAGUACACCGGCCUGCUGUUCCUCUACAAGUUUAUCGUCUAUCCGAAAAUCAGCAAGCUCCUGUACCCACUUAUCUGCAUGGCGCAGAUGACGACGGUGUAUCUAACACUGGCGGUGAGCAUGGAGAGAUACAUCGCGGUCUACUAUCCGCUGAAGGUCAGAUCAUUCUGCACUUACGGACGAGCGCGGGCGGCAGUGCUGAUUAUGGUAGUCCUCGCCCUGCUUUAUAAUAUACCAAAGUUCUGGGAGUACGAAGCACGCGAAGAGAUACACUGGAAGUACAACGUCACCGUGUACUGCAUGUUCCCGACCGAGUUAAAGAACAACGAUUAUUACAAUAUCGUGUACAUACAUUGGAUGCAUUCGAUAGUGUACGUUCCCUUUAUCUACACACUCCCGUUCGUCGUCCUGCUGAUCCUUAACACGGCCAUUUAUCGACAGGUUAGAAGAGCGAACAGGGACCUGCAGAAGUUAUCGCGUCGCCAGCGCAACGAGAUCAACCUGACGAGGAUGCUGAUGUGCGUGGUGAUGGUUUUCCUGAUUUGCAACAUCAUGUCGUUAGUCUCGCAAAUUUACAAAUUUAUCGAGAUACUGCCGUGGUGGAUGGAUCAGCUCGGCAAUUUUCUGGUUAUCGUCAACAGCAGUGUCAACUUCAUCAUCUACAUGAUCUUCGGCGACAAUUUCAAGAGGAUGUUCCUCAAACUCUUCUGCAUGUCAUGGCAGCGCAGGUUCGAACGGAACAGUAUGGCAUUCCAGAGGUCGAGCAUGUUGACUAUCAGCACCACGACCAGCAUAGAACUCAGUCAGUGAUAACAGUUGUCUCGACCGUAGCAAUAUAUAGGUUCGAUAUUGGCUAUCUCUGUGUGUGUGUGUGUGUGUGUAUAUAUGUAUUCUUUGUUUUGAAGUUCUCAUACAGCUUCAAUAACCGCCGGUUGGCGGAUGAAUGGAAAAGAAAGGGCGAGAGCGAUUUCGCGCUGUGGUAGGUGUUUAUUAUUCGGCGGAGCGUUUAUUACCGUCUCUCUGGGAAAUAUUCGAACCAAUUCUCGUGCUAGGACGCUGUGAUCCCAUGGAACAAUGCGACGAUGUUUCGAGGUCGAAUCAAAUUCGGUUCGACGGUUGCCCUUCUGACUGGAGAUAAUGGAUGUACUUUCUGGGCGUGCCGGCUUGUGCCAGACAUCUUGUACAUAAUUUUGAUAGAUAAAUAGAU